AUGGCUCCCAUCACUGAAGAGGCCGUAUCCGGUCUGAAGAACACCAUUCAGCAGCUCGAGGCGAAGGUCUCCGAGCUUGAGAGCCGUCUCGCCAAUGGCGGCAAGCCCAAGUCCGCCGCUGAGCAGAUGCGCAUCAUCCUGAUGGGCCCUCCUGGCGCAGGCAAGGGUACUCAAGCCCCGAACCUUAAGGAAAAGUACUGCGCGUGCCACCUGGCCACCGGAGACAUGUUGCGGUCCCAGGUCGCGAAGAAGACCGAUCUUGGUAAGGAAGCCAAGAAGAUCAUGGAUCAGGGUGGUCUCGUCAGCGACGAGAUCAUGGUCAACAUGAUCAAGAGCGAGUUGGACAACAACGCAGAGUGCAAGAACGGUUUCAUUCUGGAUGGUUUCCCCCGGACCGUUGCGCAGGCCGAGCGUCUCGAUGACAUGCUCAUCGCCCGUGACCAGAAGCUUCAGCACGCCAUUGAGUUGCAGAUUGAUGACUCCCUGCUGGUGGCUCGUAUCACCGGUCGCCUGGUCCACCCUGCCUCUGGCCGCUCGUACCACAAGAUCUUCAACCCUCCCAAGGCUGACAUGAAGGACGACAUCUCCGGAGAGCCGCUGAUCCAGCGUUCUGAUGACAAUGCCGACACCCUCACCAAGCGCCUGUCUACUUACCACGCCCAGACCACCCCCGUUGUCGAGUAUUACAAGAAGACCGGUAUCUGGCGCGGCAUCGAUGCCAGCCAGGAGCCUGGUCAGGUCUGGAAGAGCAUUCUUGGAGUUUUCCGCCAGUAA